GAUUUGUCUUUUUUUUCGCUUUUCGGGAACCUAUUAUAAAUAUACAAGAUGGCUAGUUCUAGAUUCAGUACAGAUUCAGACGCUUCCAGCACCACAUCCUAGAAGUUAUUCGAUUAUCAUAGAAAGCAAUCAUGAAGUGCAUCGCAGCUGUAGUCAUGAUGGUUCUGAUGACCGCCGAGGCAUCCUGGGCUCCUCUAGCGUACUCCUAUCCCCAACCUGCCUUGGUUCAGGACAACUCCUUCGUGCGUUAUGUGGCUGCUCCUUGGAAUUAUGCUGCGGCCCCAGCAGUUUCAUACGCCGCCUACAAUUACAACUACCAUCCAACGGCUUACGUCCAGGCGCCAGUUGCUCCAGUGGCCGUAGUUGCCCAGAAGGAAGCUCGCUAUCUAGCCGUUAACCGAGGAGCUGUCCAUGACGCUCCCCUUCCAGGACACACGGUUUCGCAGCAGUCUCUGAAUCUGGCAUCUGCUCCAGAAACGCUGUAAAUUUUAUUUGUAGAGGAGUUUUAAGAAGAAUGUGGUACGGGUGUAAAUAAAUUGAAUUUAUUAAAAUCUUGUAUUUUUCUAUCA